GAGAGAGUAGCUUCUAUUCCUUCAAUUAUUAUUCAAUUUUGCUUGCAACAAAAUACAAACUUCUUUAAAUAUCACACACAAUGACCAAAUUAUUGCCCUGCCAUAAGCUGGAGACAAAAAUAACAGAGAAUCACCACCUGUAAUGGCCAAAAAAUAUAUGUUUCUAGAGUCUUAUGGGUGGUGCUCCUGUCAGUGCCUCAUGCGAGAUAUUUCGGUCCAGUCGGUAGUGCGUGUCGGUGUAGUGGUCCCCGACGUGUCGGUGUAGUGGUCCCCGACGUGUCAGUAGUGGUCCGGACCGCGGUGUGGUGGCGUGCGCUAAAUUUAUAUGCCUGAGGCAUCAGUGACUACAUGUGUUAAGUGGUAGAAUGUGAGUGUUGCGAGCCGAGUAUAAGGAAUACCAUCGCUACUUGGGAGUAAACAAAUGUUCCAUAUCAUCACUGAGCAUGAGACUGACCGGCCUGAUCAUCACUGGGGCUGUGACUGCUGUCCUGGUCACUACUGGUGAACAGUCCUGGAUUCCGAAUCAAUAAUGCUGCAGCGAAUAUUUCCCUGGUCAAGAUAAAUACAAGAUGUGUUAAUAGAAUAGCAUCUGCUAAGGAAGGAAGCUGAAGAGUAAGCAAGAUAGAAGUAAAUAAGAUGAGAAGAUAGCCCAGGAUGGGUAUCUUCAGCAACACCACAGCCUUCAAUGGCCAGAACUACUCCAAGCUAAGGAAGGAAUGUCUUAAAAGAGGAGAGAAAUUCAGCGACCCAAAAUUUCCACCCCAUGAUUCGUCAAUUUUCUUCUCGAAGCAGCCUCCUGGAGUUAUUACCUGGAAGCGACCUCAGGACCUAGUUGAGAAGCCUCAUUUGUUUAUUGAGGGAGCGAGUGCCAACGAUGUAACGCAGGGUCAGCUGGGCAACUGUUGGUUCGUUGCUGCCUGUGCCACACUGGCAGGUGUCAAGGAACUCUGGAAUAGAGUGUUACCAGAUUACAAAGAUCAAGAAUAUGGAGAACUACAUCCAGGCAUCUUCCACUUUCGAUUUUGGAGAUUUGGCGAGUGGUUGGACGUUGUUAUUGAUGACCUUCUGCCAACCAUUGAAGGGCAGCUAAUAUUUACUCAUUCAAGAGAAAAGGGAGAGUUUUGGUGUGCCUUAUUAGAGAAAGCAUAUGCGAAACUACAUGGAUCGUAUGAAGCGUUAGAGGGUGGUAAUCUUAGUGAUGCUCUGGUAGAUCUGACCUCAGGCGUCUCGGCACAUUUAGACCUAACUGUGGGUGGUUACACUGAUGACUUUGAGAAACGUAAGCAGCUGUUCAAGAUGAUGACCAAGGAGAUGAGUGAACACGCUUUAAUGUGCUGUGCUAUUUCUGCUCAUAGCCAUGAAGAGAUAGAAAUGAGAACUAAUGUUGGUCUGGUCAAAGGGCAUGCAUAUGGCAUCACAGCAUGUCGGAAGAUAAAUAUUGGUGAUACAGGACUCUUCUCCAUAUUCAAGGGAGCUCAAAAGAUGCGGAUGGUAAGAUUGAAGAACCCUUGGGGAGAAAAAGAAUGGAAUGGAGCCUUCAGUGAUGGUAAAGAGAGGAGUGGAUUUGUGUACACAACCUCGCAACUGACCCAAAUGUACUCCAGAUCACCAGAAUGGUCAAAAGUUUCUGCAUCUGAACGAGAAAAACUUGGGCUAACUUUUGAAGAUGAUGGUGAAUUUUGGAUGACAUUUGAAGAUUUUGUAGAACACUUCACAGACCUCUCCAUAUGUUUCCUCAUCAACACAAAGCUCUUGAGCUUCAGUAAGACUUGGCAUGAAUCUGUGUUUUAUGAUGCUUGGACAAUUGGUGUCCGUGGCCACAAUACAGACAGAGCAGGUGGAUGUCCGAACAACAAGGAUACAUUUUUACGUAAUCCACAAUAUAGAUUUGAUAUUAAGGACGAGGUUGAUGAUGUCAUAUUCCACUUGAUGCAGAAAGAUACCCGGGAUCGAAAACAGGAAGGGAUGCAAAAUCUGGUUAUUGGCUUUCAUGUUAUGAAGGUAGAAGAAAACCGUAGGUAUCGUGUACAUCGCAGUCAUGCAAGUGUAGCCACAUCAGACUAUAUUCGCACAAGAGCCAUUUUUCUACGAGAACAGCUGAAGCAAGGGCGUUACGUUGUUAUUCCUACAACUUUCAAACCUGAUGAAACUGGAGAAUAUAUUUUUAGAAUGUUCACAUCUAAAGAUCCUGAUGCAAAAGAGCUGACAAAGGAUGAACCAAAGAUACCAUGGUACUCGUGCGUCAAGAAACCCAGUAUUGUUACCACAGUCACUGUGAAGUGUGCCACUGACCUGGAGAAGCAGUCUUCAUUUGGAGGGGAAGCUGAUGCAUACUGUAUUCUAAAGUGUGAAGGAGAGGUUGUUCGAACACCAGUGGCCAAGAACACAACAAACCCUACCUGGGACGCAACAGCAAUCUUCUACCGUGCCAAUCCAGAGGAACCAGUUGUUAUUGAGUUAUGGAACAGUAAUAUGCUUGUGGACGGGUUCAUCGGUCGGGCAGAAAUUGCAGCUCCAAUCAACCCAGCCAUCACACAAAUAGAGCUUCCACUAUAUGGCAGACGGAAAGAAAAAACAGUGGAGAAGCAGGGAAAACUAACAGUUCAAGUGUAUUGUGAUGAUGACCUGACCAGUAUUUGAAUUGCAAGCAUAAUAAAAAGAUGUCAUUAUAUUACUGUUUAAGGUUAAGAUACACACAUAAAAUCAAGAAAUUAUACAUGGUUUCUAUUAUACACAAUAUAUAUAUGUGAUCAAGUUAAAAUGCUAUUGAUUUCCUGGCAGUUCAGAAAUUUUAGCAAUAUGCAUUGCAUUUUACAAAAUGAGUUAUUACAUUCUAUUUUUUUCUUUUUAUAAACAAUUUGCAGGAAAAAGUUAGCAAAUUUUAAUAUUCUGUUAUAUAGAGUUGUAUGUUUAUGUAAAACUCACAAUAAAACUAAACCGAGAAUGUAGGCUUAUUUUUUUGUCAUGCAGUUUGGAAGCACAAAUCAAAGAUAUGUAGAUGCUCAAUAUAAAACAAACUUUAAGUAUAUAACACCAGGUAUUUUUUUAUCCAGGGCUCUGACAGACAAUGUAUACUGAAUGAGCUCGCUUAUCCAGACUAUAUAGAAAGGACCUCCCACUGGAUAAGCCAGAUAUCCAGAUAAGCCGUAUUUCUUACAGGGAAAAUCCAAAAAUAAACACAUUAGUAAUUUUUUGUAGCACAACCAACAUAAUUUGAAUUUCCACAAACACACUACAGUACAAUUAAAAAUUAUACCAGUACAGGUACUGUAAUUUAAAACAAGGUUAAACUUACUUUGUAGUUUGUCUUCUUGACUGAUGCUGCACAUCUUAAAAUCAAUACUUCUUGAAAAUUUAUGUAGCCUAACCUAACACAACACAAAAAUUACUGUACAGUACAUGAGUUUGGCAAGGCCAUGUUUUGACUGCCAGCUGCUAAAGCUGGCAGUCAGAAUGAAGCCCCUCCACAUGCCCCUCCUCAUCGACCAGACAAAAUGAAGCCCCUCCACAUGCCCCUCCUCAUCAACCAGACACAAAAUGAAGCUCCUCCACAUGCCCCUCCUCAUCAACCAAACACAAAUUGAAGCUCCUCCACAUGCCCCUCCUCAUCCCCCCAGACACAAAAUGAAGCUCCUCCACACCCCCUAGGCACAAAAUGAGGAUAUGCCCCUCUUCAUCCUCCCUACUCUUCCCUCUGUCCUAACCCCCCCCCCAUACCUUGAAACAACCUACCCCAACACCUGCCAUACCCUGUGCCUCGAGCCACAGCUGUAUAGGAUUAAUACAGUAUGGCCUGAUGCACAUAUGUGGUAUCUGGCAAAAUCUCCUGUUUUCCAGAUUUCUGCCCGGGUAUGGCAAAGUUUGGCAAAACAUUAUCUAGGCUUGAUUUAGAAUCUAUGCCAGUCUGCACUAUCUGGCCAAACCUCCAGGUAUCCAGAUUGCUAUCUGGACACGGUGAAGGUUUGCCAGGAAAAUAUCCAGACGUGAUUUUGGUGAGAUAAUCCAAAUAUCCGGUUAAAUGGAAUUCCGAUAAGUGAGCUCAUACAGUACUCAAGCUUUCAUCACUUGCUCAAUACAUAUCAACUCCUAGCAGUGUGUCCAGAGCCUUAACUUUAUUAUUAUGAUGCUAAUAAUAAUAAAUUAAAUUAAAUUCAUUAAUUUAUUAAAUUGAAUUAUUAAAUUGAACAAAUUAACCUACACACCAGUAGGUUCUGUUUUGGGCUUUACCACGAUUGUUAGAGGAAAAAUAACUGAAAGGAUAUUUGACAAAAGUUGAUCAUAGCACAAAUUGCUUCAUUUUAACGUCUCUCUCCAUCCCACGACAGACAUAAGAAUUAGAAAUGUAUCACAAUUUAGUUUAUUUGAGAUAGAAUUAGUCUGCAAAUUGAAAGCUAAUACAGUAUAUAUUUUGUAGAGAUACUGUAUGUUGCAGAGUACAGUACUGUAGUUUUAAUUUUUUGCUUUUUGUCUAGUUCAUCAAUGAUCAUAUGAUUGAUUGAUUUUAUGAACUGCUUGAAUUAAUUAUAGUUUUUACAAGGCUACUUAUAUAGGCUAUUUAAUCAGUUCUAAUACAAGAGGCGAGUUUUGUGUUUAUUAAUUUUAAUGUUAGGGAUUUGUAUUUCUUUUGCAUUUUUAUAAAUUAUAAAGUGUACUUAAUAUGUAUAAAAAUAUUUCCUACUAACUGAAAGUGUACAAGAUGAAAAACCAUUCUUACUAAGACUGCAUAUGUUGCAUUUCCGAAAUCUCUAUAAUUAGGUGUGAGUAUAUAUAUAGAAAUAAUAGCAUUUGUUGCCUUAUCAUCUCUGUUGGCAAUGAGAACUAGGUAUAAAAGGCAGAAAGAAUGUAUCUUAUACAGUACUUGGUAUAUUAAUAUUUUAUAAAUAUUAUUUUAAAACAUUGUGCUAUUAGAACAAUAAAUUCCAAUUAUUUCUUGGUUAAUGCUUAGUGCAUGAUUCCUUUUGUUACUUUAUUAGUCUUACUUGCUUAGGAUCUUACCACUUGGCUUUAUAUUCUGUUCUGGCAUAUGAGCUUUAGUAAAUGAUAAGUGAUUUUUUCAACUUUAUUGUGGUACAGUAUGAAUUAUCAGAGAUGAUGGAAAAUAGGUCUCGAUUGCUAUUUUAGAGGCCUGUUUUUAUGAUUUCUUGCAAAUGUAAAAUUCUUUCAUCAUUAAAGGAAUGUGUCUGCCUAUUUUGAUUUUAUUAUUACAGUAGACAAGGUUUUUAUUCUGGAUUGAGAACACAUCAUCAGAUUGACUUGAAAUUGAAAAUGUUUACUCAAUUCCCGACAUAAUAUACUCACUACACUACUAAAUGUCACCUCAAAGUUUUUAAUGUUACACCAUUGUAACAACAAUGUUUGGUUACAGUGUGUGUCUACUGAGUUUCAACAAGAAUUAUAUUUAAGGCAUCCCCAUAGCAUUGCAGUGGGAAUGUAUUUGAAUGGAAGCAUUUUUCCAGACACUCCAUUGCAGAUGACUGAGCAUACUUUUACACAUUUGGAUAACAAAAGCAAUUGGAUAAAAAUAUUAAAUACUGUAAAUAAUGCUUUGCUGAAUUUUUGGCAAUACAUACAAGUUUAGUGAAUGAAAUAUUUACUCUUGCCAAAACUUCACCUGCACAGUGUUUUUUUAUUGGAGCAAAUCUUAAACUACAAUGGAAACCCUGUGGUCCUGGAUUUUCCAUUUAUUUUUAUUUGUUUCACAUUUUAUCUUUUACCUUUGUUUCUAUGAAUUAUGUGAUGAAACUGACAGAUGAGUAAACAUGAGUGACAUCUAAUGAUUUCAGGAAAAAAUAUAUACAGUAUAUUGUAAUAAAAUGAGCUGUACCUUGCUCAUAUAGCUAUAAUUUUGUUGAAUCAUGAUCAUAGAUUUAUAUAUGAUGCAUAUAUUUUAAUAUAAAAGUGCUGUCUUAAAUCCUACAAUGAAUGAAAGUAUUUUAAUUAUUUUAAAAUAUUCAGAAUUCUUCAUCUUCACUUCAGUUUUUAAUACAGAUUUUUUGUCAUGCUAAAUUAUUUAUACAGGUAUGCAAAUUACUUUAAUCAAGGAUAUAACUGCAAAAUAAAUAGCAUUGUUUAUAUCCUCAUUGUAAAGCUUUGUGAAUAGAGGGGAAAGGCCUUAUAAUUUUGUAUUUCUUUGGAGUAGCUGUUUUCUGUAUGUACUACAUUCUGUGCUUUGUUAUACUUCUGUUAUUGUCUUUUGUCAAAUACCUAAUUGUGACUCUACAAUAAAAAAUUAAAAGAUA